GAGAGAGAAUUGCUGCGACUGAAGAGUGACAGUGAAGGUCAUCUGUGAACUGGACACAUUUAGUCGAACGAUCACCAUGGAUUCCAGACAGCCAAGUCUUCCUCCACGCAGACCAAUUCUGAUUCAUCAAGGACCUCCAAAAAAAUACCGGCUAUAUACUGAGAGAAAAGUGCUUGAUGAUAAUGGAAAAGUCAGAAAAUGGACUUAUGGGAUAAGAGACACCAAGAAACAAAACAAAAUUAUUCUGCUGGUGGGAGAGACCGGCGUUGGUAAGACGACUCUCGUUAACACCAUGGUCAACUACUUACUUCAGGUGAAGUUUGAAGAUGAAAUAUGGUAUGAAAUCACAGAAGAGGAAGCCGGAGACCAAUCAGAAUCACAAACCUCUGAAAUCACCUUGUAUGAGGUCUUUCCUGUAGAGAAAUCUGUAUCUCUCACAAUCAUUGAUACUCCAGGAUACGGAGACACUAGAGGACUGGAAAAGGAUCUGGAAGUUGAUGAGAAUUUAUCUGUUCUGUUUCAGAGCAAUGAUGGAGUUCGUGAAGUCGACGCCGUGUGUUUUGUAACUCAAGCGUCUAAGUAUCGUCUCUCAGACAGACAGCAUUACGUUAUCAGUUCAAUUCUGUCUUUAUUUGGAAAAGACAUUGUGAACAACAUUGUGUUUUUAAUCACAUACUCUGAUGGUAUGCCACCCAAAAACAUCCUCGGUGCCAUUAAUAAAGCUAAAAUCCCCUGCAGACGAGACAACACAGGCCAACCUGUUUAUUUCUUAUUCAACAAUCGGCAGGCUGAUGACCGUCACAGCGAAGAACCUUACAUUCUUGCUCAAAGAAAUGCAUGGGAAGAAAGCAUGAAUGGCAUGAAGAAAUUCUUUCAGGCUGUGAAUGAAAUGAACAGAAAAAGUUUGGAGUUGACUUCAGAUGUCCUGAUUGAGCGCGUUCAAUUUGAAGCAUCCAUCUGCAACUUACAGCUGAGAAUUCAAGAGAUGGAGCUGAAAAAGGCUGAAAAACUUCAGAUUCAGGAGGCAAUGACGCUCAACAAGGAAAAGGUUGAAGGGUGUAAAAACUUUACCGUUACAUUAAAAAAGACUGUGAAAGUGAAGGUGCCCAUUGAAAGUGCAUCAUGGAAGAACAGGAAGGCAACGACCUGCACUGUCUGUGAGGAAAACUGCCAUGAGUUUGGCUGCUGGUGGGCUUCUAAUCCCAGCAGAUGUGAAGUCAUGAAAAACGGCUACUGCACCGUGUGCACAGGGAACUGUCAUCACAGCAAACAUAUCAAAGAAAACAAGAAAUACGUCGUCAGAAACUCAAACAUAAAGAUACAAUUUGACCAACUGAUGAAAGAAUAUGAAAAAGCUCAAGAAGAGUUCAAGACGUUUUCGGCUAUAAAUGAUAGACUUGACAAAGAUCUGCAGGAGAUUGAGGACCAAAAGUCAAUUCUUUUGUUUAAUGCUUACAGAACCAUCAGGCAUCUGUCUCAGAUCGCAUUAAAGCCAGAUUCGGCGUUCACUCUUCAACAUCUCGACUUCUUCAUUCCCAGAGUGAAGGAGGCUGGGAAAGUAAACUGGGUCAGAGAGCUGGAGGAAAUGAAGAGAAACGCUGAAGCUGAGGAAGCAAACAAAGAUGCUCUGAGUUACCUUCAAGCUGGUCUGGCAAAACUAGAUCAUUUCCUUAGUGGGCGAUGAAGAUUAAGAAGACUGCUUACAAUGAGAAAUCACUGCAGGUGACUCCCUGUAGAUCUGAAAAUAAUAACAUUCAUUUAACCAUAGUAUCAAGUUCAUUGUCAUCCCUGCUUUUAGUGUUUAUUUAAAACUAGACAAGCUUGGUAACAUUUUAAUCUCCUGUUAGUUCAUGUUCUGUAAUCAUACUUCAAAUUAGUAUUUUAAAUUUCUGGAUACUAGAUGGUAGCUUUAAAAGCAUAAUAUGUAAGAAUAUUUAAUUAAAAUAUCCAAAACCACCAGAACAAUGUUAUAUAUUUUGUUGAUUUGUGUACUUAUAUUAUGCUAAAUGUUUCCAACAAUGUUUAAAUCCAGAGAAAUCUGCAAUUUUAGUGUAAUGGCCCGUGUCCUCACGUUGCCUGUCAAUGACGUCAUAUACACAUUAUCCUCGAUUUCCGGUUUUACUUCCGUAGAAACUAUGGACACGCUUUGAUAUAUUAUGUGUUUUAUUAGAAAGGUGAGCAACUGUUUGGAUACUUUUGUCGACUUAAAACUAAUCAUUGUUAUAUAGCUUAACACGUUUAGUCUUAUUGCUUGAAUCUCUUGUUUUCUUCAUUUAUAGCGAGUAACAUGUUUGUGCCUCAGAGACAACACUAUUUUGCUACGAACAUAGCAUAAUCAGAAAGAGCUUUAUUUGUAGUAACAAUAAUACAGCAUUUUCUCUUCCAUACAAUAUAUUUUAAAAUUAACUGCAUGUAAUUUAGCAAUACAAGUCAUCCAGCUUUUAUUAAUAUGAUAUUCUAAAAUAGAUCUAGCAUACUGCAGUGUGCAACAAGUGUCUCAUACCAGACACAGAGCUAACAAACAAAGUAACCUUAGCAUAACUUUCUACACACUUAAAUGUAUUUUUAGUAUGACAGUAAGUAAAACAGCGCUGCGUUACCCCAAAAUUUUAAUUGUCAAAUAAAGUGACCUAUAUGAGUUGUAAUUCACUUAGUACUUGCAGCUGUUUCAUUAGAAUGAAAUAAAAUUAAUUUAAUUUAAUUUAAGUGAUCGAAUGUAACUGUUACAAUGUUCAUGAAGGAGCCAGGAACCGGCAAAUGUUAAAGGGUUAGUUCGCCCAAAAAAUGAAAUUUCUGUCAUUUAUUACUCACCUUCAUGUCGUUCCACACCCGUAAGACCUUCGUUCAUCUUCAGAGCACAAAUUAAGAUAUUUUUGAUGAAAUCGAGAGUUUCUGAUCCACACAUACGCAGCAACAUCAUUGCACCUUUUGACUUCCAGAAAGGGAGUUAAAAACAUGGUUAAAAUAGUCAACUUGACUAUAGUGGUUCAACCUUAAUGUUAUGAAGCGACGAGAAUACUUUUUGUGCACACAAACAAAACAACACCACAGGAGGAGGGAACAAAUGGGAGUGACAAUAAAGCAAACAGGACCAGUAUCUUUCAACAUUCAGGGAUCAGUCGAGACCACGGGUUGUGGUGGAUGAGCUUGUUAAAGAGACGGACUGCUCAGGGACUGGCACUCUGAUUCAACCCUGUGCACCAGAAGAGGAGCAGUUCUUGAGCCUUCUCAAGAGGACAGUUGGAGGGGUUACAGGGGUGGCUCAGAGUCCACAUCGCUCAUCCAGAAUUUGUAAACCACCGAAACGCUAUGACCUAUAAAACAUGGAAAUGACACCCUUGCAAUAGCACCCCAAUUUUGGACUGUUAUGGUCUAAAGCAGUAUUUCACUACUCCAAACUGCACUACAGGACAAUCGCCAGCGGAUCUUUUUCUUAAAGGGUUAGUUCACCCAAAAAUGAAAAUUCUGUCAUUAAUUACUCACCCUCAUGUCGUUCUACACCCGUAAGACCUUCAUUCAUCUUCAGAACACAAAUUAAGAUAUUUUUGAUAAAAUCCGAUGGCUCAGUGAGGCUUGCAUUGACAGCAAGAUAAUUAACACUUUCAGAUGCCCAGAAAGCUACUAAAGACAUAUUUAAAACAGUUUAUGUGACUACAGUGGUUCAACCUUAAUAUUAUGAAGUGACGAGAAUACUUUUUGUGCACCAAAAAACAAAAUAACUUUAUUCAAUUGAUUUUAAAACACUGCUUCAUGAAGCUUCGAAGCUUUACGAAUCUUUUGUUUUGAAUCAGUGGUUCGGAGCGUGUAACAAACUGCCAAAGUCACAUGAUUUCAGUAAACAAGGCUUUGUUACGUCAUAAGUGUUUCAAAAUUUCAAUGGUUCACCACUGGGGGGCGUGGGGGGCAUUUAUUUUUUUCCCCCAUAGAAAGCAGUGUACUUAACACAUUCAAGGUCCAGAAAAGUAUAAAAACAUUGUUAAAACAGUCAACGUGACUACAGUGGUUUAACCUUAAUGUUAUGAAGUGACGAGAAUACUUUUUGUGCACAAAAUCAAAACAAAAAUAACCACUUUAUCCAACAAUUUCUUCUCUUCCCUGUCAUUUUCCUACGCUGUUUACUUUGCAGCGCUUCCAGGUUCUACAUCAGAACGCCGACUCAGUAUUGGCUGAUGCUGUUCACGUGAGCAGCAUGACGCAUGCGCAGCACUUUUAAGUGUUCGUGCUCACGUAAAGCGUUUUAGAAUGUCCCGCUGUUUUUAGUGAUUGAAAUACUGCAGCAGGUGCUGUAUGUGGAUCACAAGUGCCCAAAACUUGCAUCUUGUUCACAUAUUUUCGUUUUUGAGAUGGAAAAUUGACAGGCUUGUGCUGAAGCCUUGUGGCUGUUUUACCCAUUAGGCCUCCACGGCAGUCAUGUGACUGAAAACUAUCACUUUUUUAACAAGGCUGUUGAUAUCAGGAUAUGAGGUUGUUUCAUCACUACUGACCACCAGAUGACGCCCAAGAGCCAUAAGAUGAACUCUGACCUCUCUCAUUUAUGCUCAUUUCUGUCUCUUCUGUGAAUCUCCCUUCCUUUCACUUACUUUGUGUUAAUAUAUAGAAUUAAUUUCUCAUUUGUUUUGCUCACUUCAGCCCAGCAGUUCUUCAUUAAGUGGCCAAACACAGAGAGAACAUAGUGAAAUUUCUCUGGUCAUUUAUUGGAAAAUGUUUUACUAGUGCUACUAAUACUCCUGUUGUGAAUAUAAAAAGGCACAUUCUACAUAUAAUAUGCUUUUCAGGAGAACAUUGUAUACAUUGUGGAAAAACAACAUCAAAGAAUGCAAAUAUUAUGUUCUUGCUUCCUUAACUGUAACUCACAUCUUUUAUAAUCAUACAUAUUGGACGCUUGCCAAACUACAAAUGUAUUGCUGAACAUUAAAUGUAUUUUUAAACACUGUAAUGCAUUCUUAAAUUGUGAAGAACUAAGGUUUUUUGGGGGGGUGGGGGAAUUUGUGACUCGUUUAAAAAAAAUAACUUUAAAUUGUUAUUAUAAUAAUAAACAUUGAAAGUUGUUUAUUGAAAUUUCUGAAUACUCUGCUUUUUAUUUGUAUACAGCAA